AUGCUCACAAGUGUGGGCGAUGUACCCGAUGAGCUCAUCCUUCCCAUCCUCAACCGCUGCACUCCUGAACAACUCCUGGAGCGCAGGCUACCGACGGCAGGAAUGUGGCAGCGGCACUGCGAGCGGCUCGGGUUGCGCGAGGAGGAGCGGGAGCACAACGGAAGGAAGAUCAGCUGGAAGCAGGUGUGGAAAAAUGAACAGAGGCGGAUCGAGGAGCGGAAGGAACAGGUCGGCCUCAGGCUCAGGAAAUCCAAGAAGCACCGAGCAACGAAGCACAUCUCGGCGGCGCCAAGGACCCGAGCCGCGUUCACCUUUGGAAAAAGGACCGGCGCCGGGCCUGUGUUUGCCCCUCCGCCGGCCACCGCGAGAGCGAGGUGUGCCCCGUUCUACACCCGCUUCCUCAGCCAGAGGCCCAAGUACGGGCGCAGCUGCACUCUCCAGGCCAUCUCACUCGUCGCCCUCAUACUCUUCUUCCUCUUCUUUUUCUCUUCCAUCUCCAUCUAUCUCUCGCCGUCCCCUUUCCCGCUCUUCGUCUUCUUCGUCUUCACCCUCGUCAUCGCCAUCGUCAUCGUUAUCUUCUAG